CAGAUUUUAAGCUUAAAGCUCCUAAUUGGGGCUAAGAUCUUAUAUGGACUACAUUUCCCAGAUCGACAGUGGUUCAUGACGUAGAAUUUAUGUGCCAAUCUUCACAGUUUUCGAAGGCAUCUUUAUUAGCUACAUGGUUUAUAGGAAAUUUUAAGUAGUCACCAUGGUGAUGAAGUCAUCAGUUGAGGAUGAUGAUACUGGCUGGGGGCUGGGCAUCCCAGAAAAAAUGAAGAACAAUGCUAAUUGGGUUGAUAUUACACAUGAAUUCAAGGGAGCCUGCAAAGAGUUGAACCUUGGAGAGUUGCUUCAUGACAAACUGUUUGGCCUGUUUGAAGCCAUGUCAGCUAUAGAGAUGAUGGAUCCUAAAAUGGACGCGGGAAUGAUUGGAAACCAGGUCAACAGGAAAGUGCUCAAUUUUGAACAAGCUAUUAAGGAAGGUGCCAUCAAAGUGAAAGACCUUAGUCUUCCUGAACUCAUUGGAAUCAUAGACACAUGCUUCUGCUGUUUGAUAACAUGGCUGGAGGGUCACUCUCUGGCCCAGACUGUGUUCACCUGCCUGUAUGUCCAUAACCCUGACCUGAUUGAGGAGCCAGCCCUCAAAGCCUUUGCCCUGGGCAUGCUGAAGGUGUGUGACAUCGCCCGAGAGAAAGUCAACAAGGCUGCUGUGUUCGAAGAGGAGGAUUUCCAGGCUAUGACAUAUGGCUUCAAGAUGGCCAAUAAUGUGACAGAUUUGCGGGUGACAGGUAUGCUGAAAGAUGUAGAGGAUGAAUUACAGAGGAAAGUUAAGAGUACGCGCAGUCGACAGGGUGAGCAGCGAAACCCGGAGGUUGAGCUGGAACAUCAGCAGUGCCUGGCACUUUUUAAUAGAAUCAAGUUCACACGCCUUCUACUGACUGCACUGAUUGCCUUUACCAAGAAAGAGACCAGCUCAGUGGGUGAGGCCCAGAAACUUGUGGCUCAGGCAGCUGACCUGUUAUCAGCCAUUCAUUCCAGUAUUCAGCAUGGCAUCCAGUCACAAAAUGACACCACUAAAGGAGACCACCCCAUCAUGAUGGGCUUUGAGCCGCUUGUCAACCAGAGACUGCUGCCACCUACCUUUCCUCGCUACGCCAAAAUCAUCAAGAGGGAAGACAUGGUGGCCUACUUCAGCAAACUUAUAGAACGCAUCAAGACUGUUUGUGACGUGAUCAACACAACCAACCUACAUGGCAUCCUGGACUUCUUCUGUGAAUUCAGUGAACAGUCUCCCUGUGUGCUCUCUAGAUCUCUUCUCCAGACAACGUUCCUGAUAGAUAAUAAGAAAGUGUUUGGCACCCACCUGAUGCAGGACAUGAUUAAAGAUGCUCUAAGAUACUUCGUCAGCCCACCUGUCCUCUCCUACAAGUGUUGUCUAUUCAACAAUCAUCAGGCCAAGGACUACAUUGAUUCCUUUGUUACUCACUGUUCCAGGCCAUUCUGCAGCCUCAUCCAAAUCCAUGGACACAAUCGAGCGCGACAGAGGGACAAGCUGGGGCACAUUCUUGAAGAGUUUGCUACACUGCAGGAUGAGGCGGAGAAGGUGGAUGCAGCGCUGCAUAGCUUGCUGAUGAAACUUGAGCCUCAGCGACAGCAUCUAGCCUGUCUUGGCACCUGGAUCCUCUACCACAACCUGAGGAUCAUGAUCCAGUAUCUGCUCAGCGGCUUUGAACUGGAGCUUUACAGCAUGCAUGAAUACUAUUACAUCUACUGGUACCUGUCAGAGUUCCUCUAUGCAUGGCUGAUGUCCACUCUAAGCAGAGCCGACUCCUCUCAGAUGGCAGAAGAGCGAAUACUGGAGGAGCAGCUGAAAGGACGCAGCAGCAAAAAGACCAAGAAGAAGAAGAAAGUUCGUCCUCUCAGCAAGGAGAUUACCAUGAGUCAAGCAUACCAGAACAUGUGUGCUGGAAUGUACAAGACCAUGGUAGCUUUGGAUAUGGAUGGGAAGGUCCGUAAGCCUCAGUUUGAACUGGACAGUGAGCAAGUUCGCUACGAGCAUCGCUUUGCUCCCUUCAACAGUGUGGUCACCCCUCCACCUGUGCACUACAUCCAGUUCAAGGAGAUGUCUGAUCUGAAGAAGUACAAUCCUCCACCAGGCUCUGCUGACCUCUACCUGGCAGCCAGCAAACACUUUCAGCAGGCCAAACUUAUUCUAGAAAACGUGCCCAGCCCAGACCCUGAGGUGAACCGUAUAUUGAAGGUGGCCAAACCCAACAUUGUAGUUAUGAAGCUCCUGGCAGGAGGGCACAAAAAGGAGACCAAGGUGCUGCCAGAGUUUGACUUCUCGGCUCACAAGUACUUCCCGGUGGUCAAGAUAAUCUGAUUCUGCUCUGCACCUCAAGAUGACAGUGUCUCCCUCACCUGAAGAAAGUGUGCAAUGGCCCCGACCAAGUCCACGCCUGAACAAUCUGUGUGAUACACCCAACUGUAACGUCAUGUCAAGGAGUGUCUGAGGCGCCAAAGCAGACCGGAGAACUCAGAACUGGACCUAAAUGAGUAACAAUAUCCACAUCUGCAUCUGUGAGAGUUGUUGUGUUAAGUGCGUGUGCUUAUAUGUGUGUGUGUCUAUGUGUGUGUGUCAAGCCAAGGUGCUUUUGUGCAAAGAACUGGCAGCCCCACAACAGUCUUUUGAAGGCUUCAGAUGAAUGCUGUCAUGGUGCUUGGUGCAUAUCAUUAAACUGUCUCACACCUUC